AUGGACCUUAUGAAUAGAGUCUUCAAGGACUAUUUGGAUAAGUUCAUGAUAGUAUUUAUAGAUGGCAUUCUAAUAUAUUCACAAACUGAAGAAGAACACGAAGAACAUCUGAGAUUGACGCUGCAAAGGUUGAGGGAACAUCAAUUCUAUGCAAAAUUCAAGAAGUGCGAAUUUUGGCUAACUCAAGUGGCAUUUUUAGGAAACAUUGUUAGUAAGGAUGGUAUUAAGGUGGACCCAAUAAAGUUCAAAGCCAUAAAAGAUUGGCCACAACCAAAGAAUGCUUCAGAGGUGAGAAGUUUUCUUGGGUCAGCGAGUUAUUUUCGAAAAUUCGUAGAAGGGUUUUCUAAGAUUGCUACGCCCUUGACAAAACUAACCAUAAAGGGUAUCAAGUUUGUAUGGAGUAAGGAUUGCGAGCGGAGUUUUCAAGAGUUAAAAGAUACAUUUAUCACGGAACUUGUAUUAUGUCUAACCACAGAUAAUGAGAAAUUUGUGGUAUAUUGUGAUGCGUCGAAGUAG